AUGGACCCGCCCCGACGACUCGACCUCAAGAUCCGACCCGACGACCCGACCCGUAGACCCGACCUCAAGACCCGCCCCGACGACCCGACCUCAAGACCCGUCCCCGACGACCCGAUCCGACGACCCGACCCGACGACCCGACCCGACGACCCGACCCGACAACCCGACCUCAAGACAAGACCCGACGACCAGACUUCAAGACCCGUCCCCGACGACCCGACCCGACGACCCGUCCCCGACGACCCGACCCGACGACCCGUCCCGACGACCCAGCCCGACGAUUCGCCCCGACGACUCGCCCCGACUACCCUCCCCGACGACCCUCCCCGACGACCCGACCUGACGACCCGACCUCAAGACAAGACCCGACGACCAGACCUCAAGACCCGUCCCCGACGACCCGACCCGACGACCCGUCCCCGACGACCCGUCCCGACGACCCAGCCCGACGAUUCGCCCCGACGACUCGCCCCGACUACCCUCCCCGACGACCCUCCCCGACGACCCGACCUGACGACCCGACCCGACGACCCAGCGACGAAGAGGAGUCUACGGGCGUGA